GAGGAGGAGGGAGAGUAGGGGGAGAGGAGCAGCACGGCCGCCUUCCAAUAUGGCGUCUUUCGAGGGGGGAAAAUGACUAAUAUUAUGAAAAAAGCAAGGAGGCCUCGGUCUUGACGUCUAACCGAAACCGGUCCUCUUCGAUUCAUGGUGUUUAUUUUUUUUUUGGUAACGAAAUAACGUUAAAAAAAGACAAAGAAACAAAGCCGCAGGAGGAGAGGAGCCGUGGCGGAGCCGUUUGUGGAAACUGAGCGGCAAACCGUCUUAUUUUGAUGCGUCGACAGAGCUAGCUUAGCUCGCGCUCUGCUAUAGCGUUAGCUCACGGGCUAAUCGUGUGUUUGGGUGUGAAAACAGCGCGCGGGCGUUUCGUUGUGAGCCGCUCACGCGCACGGGGUACUUGUAGGCUGUAGGGUAAGUUUGUGGGGGGUUUUUUUAGGGGGGAGAAAUGUAGCGUGUGCGUAGCAGUCGAUGCUGCUCCUCCAUUUUUUUUAUUCCAAUAAAGCAGCCCGAGUGAAGAAAGGGGAGGAGAGACGAGGGGAAAGGACGUGUACGGUCACACGCGCGUGCAUCAGUGCGUCCUCGGGAAAACCGGGGGUGCGUUUUUCAAUCGUUACUUCGGUGUAUCGCGGGAAUGGCAUUAAUUAAGCAGAUUUUGAAAGCGAAAAGGAAGUGAGGUGCGUGCGUGUGUGUGCGUGUGUGUGUGUGUGUGGUUUUUUUGGAGGUGGUUUGGUGAACACCCCCCUGUAUCACGCACUCUCACUCUCCUCCCCUCCAUUUCCCUCUCUCUGUCUCUCUCAAUAUGCUAUUUUUUUCACUCCUGUCCACACACUCGCUUCUCAUCCAGCUAGAAAUGAUCACAAAUUAGCAGCGAUCGCGUCGUUGCACGAAGCCUUUGCACACCCGGAUCUGUUUUUAAUUUAUUUUUUUUUAUUUUGUUGCUCUUCGCUCGAUCAUCACCACCAUCAUCAUCCAUCCAUCCAUCCAUCUAUCCAGCUAUCCAUCCAUCCAUCCAACCAUCCGUGUCAGAAAUGGACAGGAAUUACCCGGGUGCAGGUUUCGGGGAUUUGGGCGCAGGAGCCGGAUGGAGCUACGAGCGAUCGGCUAAAGCAAGUUUGGUGUAUGGUAGCUCCAGAUCUUCCCAUCCAGAGUCUGAACUCCUCCACAGGCAAGCCUAUGCCACUCCCCAUCCCCUACAAGGUUAUGCAACCAAUCACCAUCCAGGCAGCUCUGGACAGGGUGGGGCGUGGGGUGCAGCUGGGAGGAGUCUAGGCUUGUCUGGGCUUUUUGAUGCUGGGCUUCACCAUGCGAGUCCCUCAGGCCCAGACCCUUCUGUUAUGAACUUGAUCUCAGCUCUGGAGUCCAGAGGACCACAGCCACCACCUUCUGCUUCUUCUCUUCUCUCCCAGUUCCGCACUCCGUCGUGGCAGACUGCAAUGCACACACCUGCCCCUGCAGAGCUUUUCAUCUCUGGUGCCCUUCCUGGUUCUGGGUCAUUCCCAUCAUCCUCUGCCUUAUCAGCCUACCAGCACCCAGCUUCAUUUUCUGGACGCUCUUUUCCUGGGGUGACCCCCUCACUCUCUUUACAGGACACUCCUACAUUCAGCCCCACCUCAAAUGGCCUCUUGUCUCCCCAUGAUCCUUUGCUGCACAUUAAGACGCCCUCUCAGUCAAGUCUGGGCUUUGAUCGUCUGUUGUCAUCUCAGGGUGCUGCUGCAGCCUACCGUGGGAGCCAUGAUCCUAGUGGUGGUAGUGGUGUUACUUCUGCUCAGGCAUCCUCAGCAGCUUCAGCUUCUGCACGUCAUCUGCAGUCUCACCAGUUUAACCUGCUGUCCUCACAGCUUCAGGACCAGUCCUCACAAUUAUAUAGUGCAUCGGUGUUCUCAUCUGCUCCAGCUCCACCUCAGCCAGCCUCCCAGGAGCGGACCGUACCACGACAAGACAGUGUCAUUAAGCACUACCAGCGUCCCUCGCCAGCACAAGCUCCCUCCUCCACACCUCAUCCCCUCCAGCAUUACCUCAGUUGUGGAGUGUCUGGGUAUCAGCAGGCCCCUCAUCCCCGUCAUGCUGGUCUCUCCUGCAGUCCAUUGGGAGAGCACAGCCCUUCCUCUGACCAUAAGCCUUCCCCCAGGACAGAGCAGUACCGACCCAUUAUCCAGCCUUCUUAUGGGUCCUCCUCAUCGUCAUCCUCUGGUGGGCCUGGGAAGGCAGCAAAAAGCAGUUCCAGUAGUGGUUACUCUUCCUCUGGCUCUGGGUCGUCCUCCAGAACUCCCCAUACACCACCUUCUGCAUCCUCUGCUUCAUCAUCUUCCUCAUCAUCUUCUUCCUCUUCAGCAUCUGCCAGUGCAAGGCAGUCUAACUCCAUUCCAAGCUCUACAUCUGCGUCUGCAUCCUCUCGGCAGCAGCCACCAACCCAGUCUGUGCCUCCUCCACAAACACAUUCCCAGCCUGCUCCCAGCACCAACUCCUCUCAACAGACACUUCCCAAAGCAUGUCUCUCAGGCUAUGGCUCUCCAGUGGCUCCAGUUAAGUCAUCUAAUAGUCUGACAGGCCAGACCCCUCCCCAACAGCAGCCUCAGUCUUUCUCUCCCAGCCAGCCUCCAUCACACUUAUCUCAGUCAUAUGCGGGGUUCAGUUCCCCACAAACACAUGAUCUCCCUUCAGCCAGGACCUCUGGAGUAGCAAAAGGAUAUGGGAAUCUGGGAAGCCAGUCAUUUUCAUCAGAAUCAGUAUAUGGGACAGAUUCAGGUUAUGGCUCCCUGCCUCCAUCACUGGGGGGAGCUGGAAGCCCCUCCAUGGGCUAUGCUGCCUCAGGACACUCUCCUGCACUCUUACGUUCAGGGGCAAGUGGGGGAACAGCUGGUGGAAGCAGCAAUGGAGGAAGUAACAGUACAGGAGGUGGAAAUAAUGUCGCUGGCGGAGGAGGGUCUUACCAUAUCCCUGAUUCCAGCCCAUCUCCAUCUGGCAACUCUGGAAUCAUUCGCCCAGGUCUACAUUCUCCUGCGCCUUCACGACCUGCUCAGUCACCUGUUGGAACAGGAUCCAACAAAUACUUGUCAUCUGUUCUCUCUCCUUCCUUCUUACCCUCCCCACAAGGCUACCCAGACACCCGAGGACCUCGAUCACAAUCGUACCAUCCCUCUGCACCUCCCAAAAACAAGUCUGAUACAAGCCUGCUUGGUGUGACAGAGUCUCGACCGCAACAGGAUGAUGACGACGACGAUUUCCUCAUCCAACAUCUACUUCAGGCUCAGAGCCCUACUCCUCAAGCAUCCCAUCAUCAUCCCCCUCAAAGCCAUCAUUCCUCACAGUCUACACAACAACCACCAGUACUUCCAACCCAAGAUGGAAGCAAGGGUUUAUCCUAUGAGAUGGGCAAGAGCUCAGAGGAGCGAUAUCAUCUUCAAAGUGUUAUUCGAACUCAUAGUGCCACUUCAAAUGCUGCAGUGUCUGGAACAGGGAAUGGAGCAGGCCUGGACAGUCAGUUGGAAAUGUCUUUAAAAAAGCAGCAGCAUCAGCAGCAACAUCAGACACAACAUCAACAGCAGCAACAGCACAAACAUCAACAACAGCAGCAGAAGAACAGCAGAUCUGUCACAGAUGGAGGAGGACGAGGGAACCCAGAACAAACUCAUUCCCAUUCACAUCAUCACCAUGACUCAAUGGGCUCAGUGGUCCACUAUGGUCGGGGUGAUCCUUAUUCCCAGCAUUCUAUUUCGCAGCAUCCAUCCUCUCACCAUCAACACACUCCACACACACCUACGCAUUCUCACUUGCACUCUCAUCCCCAUAUGGAUCUUCAGAAAAAGCCCCAAGAAUCUGCAGAUAUGGCCUACAUUCGCAAGACACCUGAUCUGCAGCAGCACCACCACCAACAGCAAUCAGGACAUCAUCAGUCUCAUCAGCAACAACACCAACAGCAGCAGCAACAACAGCAUCAGUCUCAAUCUCAAACGUUAAUGGAGUCUCCAACAGAUCAGUCCCGUCAGCCUCCUCAUUUGUUACAGUCGGUGCUCUCCCACACAACCCGCAGCAAAAUAGACACUCAGCAACAGCAACACCCUGCUAGCCAGCAGGCUUUAAUGGAAGCAGCAGGUGGUGUUACAGCAGCAGAAACCCAUUCCCAGCCUCAAGCAUCUCAACUACAACUUCAACUCCAGACCCAAGCUUUGGAAGCUGCUAGUCACUAUAGCCAUGGUUCUCAGCAGCAGCAGGACCAGAACCAUCCAAAAUCUACCACAGUGUCUUCUCUGGACAUGCUGGAGCGCUCCCUUUCUCGAACCUCAAGUCAGGAAGGAGGAAUGGUGGAUGAUAGAGCAGGAAAUGAGGGAGGCAGAGGAAAUUCUGGAGCUGGAACUGGAGGAAAUGUUGAGAGACACAGAUCCCAGGAGCAACAGAGACUUUCAUCUCAUCAUCCUUCACAACACCAUCCCUCUGAGUUACAUUCGUAUCUUUCUGAGCCUGACUUGGGCUUAUCUACCCCCUCACAUGGGCAUCACCUUUCCCAUCACCACCACCAAUCGCAGCAACCCCCUCAAGCUCAACACCCAAACUCCCACCACCAUGCUCACCCUCAGCACCAAACUCAACAGAGCCAUCACCACCUUGCUUCUCAAUCAACCUCUGCAACUGCACAGCAGCAAGAGCAGUCUCACUCUUCCCAUUCCUCUCAGCUUCCUCAAGCUCAGCUUGACCAGCAGCAUCAAGGAGACCAUCACUUUGACUCUAGGGGCUCAGCAGUGAAGUCAAAUACAAAUCAGAAUCAGUCCCAUCAGAACCAGAGGUUUGUUCCGUUAACAUCUAUUUGUUUCCCAGACUCGCUCCUUCCAGAUGAAGAGCGUUCUUUCUUUCCUGGCAUGGAGGACAUGUUCUGCCCCGAUGAGUUCAAGACAAGCUGCUCUGGGGGAACAGGGCAGGGUCAAGAUGGAGUUUCUCAAGCCCAGACAGGACAAGAAGGUAUGGAGGGCAUAAAAUCAACUGCAGAAGGUGGAGGGGAUGAUACAGGUGCAAGCUAUGACAUGCUUGGUCACCCUGGCGAUCAAGAUUAUGGGCAGUAUUGCCACGAUCUUGCAGAGCCUGACAACGGAACCAUGCACCUUGACCUUGACUCCUUGAAGACGCAUGAGCUCCCAUCAACAGUCAAUACAGAGCAGCUUGGACUGAUCCAGUCUCAGCCAACUAGCCUUGGAAUUGGAAGUGGUCCAAAUGUCGGGGAGGGAUCUGGUGCUAAGAUGGUAAGUUCUGGAGGUUCUGGUUCUGGAUCAGGUGGACUCACUUCUCCAAUCUUCUGCUCAUCUCGACCCAAAAAGCUCCUGAAGUCAAGUUCUUUCCACUUGCUGAAGGAGAGACCUGAUCCUAAUUCCCUUCCCAAAAAGAGCUAUGCACAAGAGUAUGAAUUUGAGGAUGAUGAAGAUAAGGCUGAUGUUCCUGCUGACAUUCGACUCAAUAGCCGAAGACUUCCUGAUUUGAUUCCUGACCUUGUAUCCAGCUGUCGGAAAUCUGGUGGUGGAACUAUGAGUCCCCUAAUGGGUGACUUGGAUUUUGGAUAUCCCUCUCUUGGUCCACCUCCACAAUUACUUCCCCACGAUGGACCAAAAAAGAGAGGCAGGAAGCCCACCAAGCCCAAACGGGAAGGUCCCCCAAGGCCUCGUGGCCGCCCACGCAUACGCCCUUUGCCUGAGCCCCACCACUCCAGGGCCAUGAUGGGAGAAUGUGGAACAGGUUAUAUUCCUGAGAGAGGCAGGGGUAGAGGUAGAGGCAGAGGCAGAGGCAGGCGAGAUGACUCUAUGAUGGACCACAAAGAUCAGAGUCAGUUGUAUCAACAACACAUGCAGCAACAGCAAAUGCAUCACCAGCCACAACAGCAGCAACAGCACCAAGAGCCAAUCAAACCUAUCAAGAUCAAGCUUCCUAUUGGCACCAUGUCAUCUUCUGAUGCACUCUUGCGGACAGAUUCUUUGUCUGGUACUGAUCCAGCCCUCUCAGAUGGUUCUGUUGGCUCUGCCCCUUCUUUGGGUCUGAGUCCAGGGACACCAGGAGUGCCUGAAAUGAACAGACCUAUAGACAAGAACAAGGCCAAAACUCAAGAUAUGGAAGAGAAAGAUUCUGAGAAGACUGGCUUUGUGGCUUCUUUUUUGGAUUUUCUAAAAUCUGGGAAAAGGCCAGGGAGCAGCUCUGGGAAUGGUGAUUCAUCUCCAGGAAAAAGCGGAGGUAUCCAUCCCAUAUCUCCUCAACCACCACCUCCACCAGCACCUACAGCAUCGUCUGGUUAUGGGGAUAGUGAAGGCGAUGGAGGGUUGUCUUUGGGUGGUUGCCCAAGUCCUUGCAAGCGCUUGGAUGAAGAGCUGAAGAGGAAUCUGGAAACACUUCCGUCUUUUUCCUCAGAUGAAGAAGACUCUGUGGGGAAAAACCAGGACCUCCAAAAGAGUAUCUCCUCAGCCAUCUCUGCUCUAUAUGACACUCCACAGCUAAGCACCUCUUCAAUGCAGCCUCCCUCUCUCCCUCCACCUCCUCCUCCAAUUCCUUCUACACCACUGACACCAACACAACAGCCACCUUCCCUUAGUCCACAAACCCCAACACAUAUGCACACACAGUCUUCUUCACAUACACAUGCACAGUCUAUUGAAUCUGCAAUAUUGUCAAGAGAUGAGCAAGGUGAUGAGAUUGAGGAGGAAAAAAUGAAGGAUGAAGACGAAGAAGAGGAGCAAGACAAAAGAGUAGAAGAGAAAGUCCCAGAAAUGGAGUUGCUGAGUGUUCCAAAAGUAGGAGACUCACCUAAAGAAGCUUCUCAGGCAGCAGCUCCCCAUUCGCUUCCACCUCUCUUUCCAUCAUCCCCUGCAUCUUCAUCUUCACCCUCUCCACCACCUCUUCCUCCACUCUCUCUCCCCUCACCCCUUCCUGAGCUGGAGGACAACCCAUCUCCACCACAGAAACCUCUAGUUCAGCAGUCUUCACCUCCAGCCAGCCCUCUUGCCCCCUCCUUACCUGUCCUCUCUCCUCCGCAUCCCCUGCCAGUAGCCUCUCCUCCACCCUCUGAGACGCCCACACCCCCAAGCCCCCCUCGACCUCAGCAGCUUGCUCCAGCUCCCCCAUCCCCAGAAGAGCCCCCAGCACCUCAAAUCCUGCCAUUACACCUGGCGCAGAAACAGAGCGGUGCUGCCAUUGCAGGAGAGACGGACGAGGAUGAGAGUGAAAGUGGAGGAGAGGGUAUCUUUAGAGAAAGGGAUGAAUUUGUGGUACGGAUAGAAGACAUCAAAACUCUGAAGCUGGCCCUGCAGACAGGUCGGGAGCCUCCGCCCAUCUGGCGUGUACAGAAAGCUCUGCUUCAGAAGUUUGCACCAGAAAUUAAAGAUGGACAGAGACAGUUCUGUGCCACUAGCAAUUAUCUUGGUUACUUUGGUGAUGCUAAAAAACGGUACCAGCGGUUAUAUGUGAAAUUCCUGGAGAAUGUGAAUAAGAAGGACUAUGUACGAGUUUGCUCUCGUAAACCCUGGCACAGGCCGUCUGUGACACUCAGACGGCAGUCACAGUCUCACCCAGUCCCAAAGAUGACCCCACCUCCCAACAAUCAGACAUUGCCUCGCGUUGUGAGAGAUGAGAAAGACAAAGACCGGGAAAAGGUGAAAGAGAAGGAGCAGCGUGACAGCAGAGAGAAGAACAACAUCAAGGCGAAAGAGCAGCAAGAGAAGGAACGGGUGACGAAAAUUAAGGAGCGAGAAGAAAAGAAAGACAAAGAGAAGAAAAUGCCACCACCUCCUGCACCCCAGAAGGCAGAGAAACGAGCAGCUGUGACAGAACAAGGGAGAAAGGAGGAGAAAAGGGCAGCAGGAGUGGAGCGGAAGAUGGAACGGCCCACAAAACAGCAGCCAGUGAAAGUAAAGGCCGAGCCUCCACCUAAGAAGAGAAGGAAGUGGCUGAAAGAAGUGCCCUCGUCGUCCGAUUCCGAUUCUUCCGCCAGCGAUGAUGAGAUUUCUGUGAGAGCAGGCCUGAAUACUCGAGCUAUGCGAGAGAUGUACCGAAGCUAUGUAGAGAUGCUGGUCAGUACAGCUCUGGACCCUGACAUGAUACAGGCACUGGAGGACACAGAGGAUGAACUGUACCUGCCUCCAAUGCGGAAGAUUGACAGCAUUCUCAGUGAGCAGAAGAGGAAGCUUCUGAAGCGAGUCAGCAUGAACCCCCAACACCAGGAGGCCCUAAACACUUUUCCUCAGAUAACAGCAGAGCCCUUGGACUCAGGAGCUGUGAGGGUCAAACUUGGCGGGGAGUGCUAUAACCGAAAAACCCUGAACCGUGUCAAGAAGAGUAUUCCUAAACCACAGGACAUCAAGCUGUCAACAGAGACAUGUCGACUCUACAGCUUUUACCAUUCUCUGCAUCAUUACAAAUACCACACCUUCCUAAUCUGCAAAAAAGAGACCAACACUAUAGAACAGGCGUCAGAAGAUCCUGGGCAAGAGGAGGUUGUUCAGCAGUGCAUGGCCAAUCAGAGCUGGCUGGACACACUCUUCAACGCCUUCUUAGAACUGAUGACCCUCAGUGCCAAAGCCUGACAGGAUGAAAGCGUUCGAGAGGGGGGCCAGUGAGAGACAAAGGACAAGCCCUAAGGAUGCAGCAGGCUCUUGUGGAACAAAGGACAUGGAUUUGUUUUCACAUAGCCCCCCAGUCCUCUCCUAUUGUUUUUCUUGAGGCGUUUCUUAAGACGAUUGUGAUACAUGACCAGGCAAUAGAGCCACCUCUCAGCAGGUAGCUUUUGGCAAGUAAACUAAUCAGCUCUUCGUUACUGAAGUCAAUGAGAGCAUAGUUUUUGUGCUAAACGGAUUAAAGGCAAAACGGAGAACAUAUUUACAUACAUAGACGUGACCAAUUUUUUUGGGGAGUGGGCAGAUGCGUCGAUGGAUUGAUCCCUUCGCUGCGAUGAAUUUGCUAACUGACAGGUGAACAGAAAAACUGAAGUUGACUGAAGUAGAAUACUGUACAAAUUUUACGCGUUGAUUUGGAAAAACUUUGAACAUUUGGAAUUUAAAGACGUUGCAAGGAGGAAGUCUGUUACAAUUUGAAUUUUACACAGAUUAUUUUUUAAGACUACAAACUUUUAUUCUGCAUUUUUUUUCCUUGAGUGGAGGGGUGACGGUUGUGCUUUAUAAACGAGUGAAGAGUGCCGUGCAAAAGGAAAACUGACAAUGAAAAAAAAUGCUAAACAGUGUAACACUUAAUGCUACAUGAGUGAAACAAGAGAGCUAUACGCGCAUUUCUAUUAUUUAUAUAAAGACAUUUCUAACAGGAGCUUGCACAUACAGUAUAAAGCAGCAGUGCUUCAUUAUUCAUUUCAUAACAUUAUGUUCAGAUGCCAUACGCCAAAAAAACGUGUUGUCAAAUUCAGAGCUGUCUUCCUUCAGGCUCAUGAAGAGUUGGCGGUAACACAUGGCAUUGUUUUUGUCUGUAAAAGAGUAAAAGAAAGAGAUAAAAUAUCUUUCAGCUACGCAAAACUAUAUUAUUUCAGUGCAUUCUUCAGAAGAUGGACAUGAAAAUAAGAGCUAACUAUAGCAUUCAAUUCCCACUAGGGAAAAAUUAUGUAUUAGUAAUAUUUAAAUAGGACCUUUUUUUUUGUUUUGUUUCAUUUUUAACUGUUUGUCCAUUGUCUGUAUUAUGAGUAUUAUUUUGGAACAAUCUAAUACUGUGCUUCUUUUGAAAACCAAGCCUUUGUGUAAAUACUGUACAGCUCUUCACUCAAAAUACAGUUCUUCUGUACAUGGACUAUUCCUGUAUUUGACAAACAAAUAAAAUCAAGGAGCGUAUAAUGUCUCAUAAAAAUA